AAUGAGAGAGACUUGGGGAUUUUCCUCUCCCUUCCCACCAUUCCCAACUGGCAGUUUUAAUUUCAUACACAGCGAGGAAACCGAGAUGGUGUUGUUCCAGGGAUGGAUUGGGUAAAUGACAAGAUGGGUCUGAGAUUUGGGUGCCAAACAAUUCUUUGUUUUCCGCGCAAAGCUCCAAACUCCUCUUCUUCUCCCUUUUUCUUCUCCUACCAUUCCCUGAAUCACAGAGGGAAAGAAGAAUCCGCCUUACUCUGAUUUCGUCAAGCAGUGCUCGUCAUGGAGAAAGUUGAGGACUUGGAGGAGUUCGUGGUAAAGGGAGAGAGGGGCUUCUCUGAAUGCAGUAGUGGAUGUCAAUCUGGCUGGACUUUGUACCUUUGCCAGUCGCAUGACAGCCCUUCCACCUCCACUCUUCCUAGCGGAGGAGAAGUCUCCGUUCAUGAAGAUGAAGAAGAGGACUUGUCAAUGCUCUCCGAUGCAUCUUCUGGUCCUCCACAUGGCACAGAAGAAACUUGCAUCAAGUUUUACUAUUGUUCUAAUGAUCGAGAUUUAGGUCUCUCUGCAUUUGCUCGUAAUGGGGUCAGCAAGAGAAGAAAGGCUGAGGAAAAGAACCUGCAGAAGCAAAGAAGACUCCAGGAGCACUCUUCCUUCCUAGAUGACACUGCAAGUUCUCCCUUGCUCUGUUUCUCCGAGGCUACCAGUAGCAUCAGCAGCAGCAGCAGGAAUCACCUUGUGGAUGAUGUCUUGGAACUCUCCUGUGGUUUCUCUGCAAACCAUUGCAAGAAAGAGGCUGCUUUGAAGAAUCAUAUUGGUAAUUAUCUUCAAUCUUCCGCUGCUCUGAAUCAAGCACCAAACUGCAGGCAAGAAGACGAGAACAAUCUGCUCUAAAGAAAUAGCAACGAAGAUUAGAAAUCCAUGUGUAGAUCUCCAGCAUCCAUCCAUGGCUUCUUUUUUUAUUAUUCUUCUCUGUUUAUUUUAUCAACUUGUUCUUUUCUUCCCUUUUCUUCUUCCUGUCAAUGCUGUAGGAAACAACAUCCUGAACCAGAAAAGAUGAUCAAAUAAAAAUUGUUGCACUCGUUUAUUUAGCUCUUUUGUUAUGAAUGAGGGUUGAACAAGACGUACUAUUAUAAAAAGUGGCUUCUGCUGAAUUCUCUGUCCAUAUUCAACUUGCUCUGUUCUCAUCACCUAACCAGGAGAACCCUCACCAAGUUCAAAGCUCAACAGUCACUUUCAUGAGCAGGGUGUGUGUACUAAUAACUAAUGACGUGGUGAUGUAAAAGAAAGAAGAUAUUCAGAGAUCCAUUUGAUGUAAAUUUGUGGGAACUCCCAAGUGGCUCAUCGAAGGCCAGGCUGGGUGCUUUCUACUACUGGAUGGGUGCGUCAGUAUUAUUGAUUGAAACUGUGCGUUAUAUAUAUGUGGCAAUGUGAACAUGGCAUGCACAUGAUGCUCCUGAAAAUGACACGUACAUAGUAUCAUUGUUAUAUUAAUCCUCACCCUUCUUACCUAGAGGAAUUAUUCUACGCAGAACCGCGUCAA